AUGAGUGACACUCUUAGACCCCCCUCGCUCCAGGUGAGCGUUCCAAGCGAUGCUCCGGUAUACUCAGAUGGAGGAAACAUCAUUGUGUCAGACGGAUCCAUGCGAUCCAGCUCCUCAACCCCGACACUCCGCCGCAAGCGUUUCAAGAUGCGCCGCAUGAGGAACGUGCCCAGCGAGAGGGAGACUGAAAGGGGGCGAUUAACCAGCGGUCACCUUACAGCCCGGUCCCACUCCGGCUCCAAGGAAUACCUUCAACUGCCUUCUAUUGAGAUCACGCCAUCCAGUGAUGAGGAUGCCCCUUCUUCGUGGUCUAACUGCUCCACGCCCAGCGCCUCUCCUCGACGCAAGCGUUUCCUGUUGAGGAAGUGGCUGAAGGUCCGAGAGAAGAAGGAGCAAGGCAGUGAGAGCAGCAGCCAGCAGAGCAGCCAGCAAAGCAGCCAGCAGAGCAGCCAUGAAGAUGACAGCAAUCGCUUCUUGACGCCGUUAAUCCGAGAGGAGAGGUCUGACAGUGCAGCGGACAAAAUCGGCACUGCCAGUAACUCAAACAAGAGCACACCCGCUUGCUCACCAGUCCUGCGUAAACGCUCGCGCUCUCCUACACCACAGAGCCAGGAGGGUGAGAACAUGGUAGAGAAGGGUUCAGACCACUCCUCUGACAAGUCUCCCUCUACGCCCGAGCAGGUUGUCCAGAGAACUUAUUCCUUGCAGUCAGCACGCAGCGGGGGAAAGAACUCAAAGUCUCACAAGCGACUUUCCAAAAAGAGCCAAAGCUGGUACAAUCAUGAAAGACAACACAUCCUGAGAGUGCUGAGCCCGACAUACAAGCAGCGCAAUGAAGACUUUAGGAAACUCUUCAAGCAGCUCCCUGACACAGAGAGACUCAUUGUGGACUACUCCUGUGCUCUGCAGCGGGACAUCCUCUUGCAGGGACGACUCUACCUCUCUGAGAAUUGGAUCUGUUUCUAUAGCAACAUCUUCCGCUGGGAAACACUGCUGACAGUGCGGCUAAAGGACAUCUGCUCAAUGACGAAAGAGAAGACUGCCCGCCUCAUUCCCAACGCCAUCCAGGUCUGCACAGACAAUGAGAAGCACUUUUUCACCUCGUUUGGGGCCAGGGACAGGACGUACAUGAUGAUGUUCAGACUGUGGCAGAAUGCGCUGCUCGACAAGCCUCUGUGCCCUAAAGAACUAUGGCACUUUGUUCAUCAGUGCUAUGGCAACGAGCUCGGACUAACCAGUGAUGAUGAGGACUAUGUUCCCCCCGAUGACGAUUUCAACACCAUGGGGUUCAGUGAAGAGAUUCCCAAUGAAGAGAAUGAGAUCAACAAUGACAACUUGUCUAAGAGCAGCGCAGAGGCCAAGCCUGAGGGGAGCCCUCCCCUGCUACACAAGAAGGUCAUCACAAACAGCACCAUCCCCAGCCCAGGGAACCAUGACACACCCAUCACAUUUGACCUCCCAGCAGACGAGAAUACAGACUGUCUACCAGAUGGUGAGUUGCUGGCUCUGCCACUGGUGGUGGAAGAGAACAAUGAGACCAGCGGGCCUGGAGGUCCCGUCCCCUCUCCCUCAUUGGACUUCAACGACAAUGAGGACAUUCCCACUGAGCUUAGCGAUUCAUCAGAAACACACGACGAGGGUGAGGUGCAGGCCUUCCACGAGGAUCUGAAUGGCAGACAGCACAUCAAUGAGAUCUACAAGUUCAGCGUAGACAAGCUCUAUGACAUCCUCUUCACAGAAUCACAAUUCAUGAGCGAGUUCAUGGAACAGAGGCGAUUUUCAGAUGUGGUUUACCACCCAUGGAAGAAAGAGGGUGCUGGGAACCAGACAAGAGAGAUCCUGUACACCAUCUCUCUGUCCAACCCCUUGGCUCCCAAAACAGCCACUGUCACUGAGACUCAGACUCUGUACAAGGCCAGUCAGGAGAGUGAGUGUUACAUCAUCGAUGCUGAGGUCGUCACACAUGAUGUGCCCUACCAUGAUUACUUCUACACCCUCAACCGCUACAUGCUCACCCGGGUGGCGAAGAACAAGUGUCGGUUACGGGUAUCAACAGAGCUACGCUUCAGAAAGCAGCCGUGGGGGCUGGUGAAAGGCUUCAUAGAGAAAAACUUCUGGAGCGGGCUAGAGGAGAAUUUUCGCCAUCUUGAGUUGGAGCUGGCCAAGCUGGAGGAGAUAAUGACUGAGUCCCAUCAGCUCUCCCCAAAGGCUAAAGUGGUGAAGAAUGCCACAGUGAGGCGGAAGAAGAGGCCACUCCCACACUUGCGCAGUCAGCAUCUGGACGAGGCACUCAGCCCCGUUACCACGCCAACAGAUGAGGAAGUGAUUCAGCGGAUCAAACAAGUGGCAGGCUCCACGCAAACCAGACACCAGAGUCCAGAGCACACUCACCUGACCGGCGGCCUUGCUCUGUACAGCGUCUCCAAACUGCUGCUCAUCAUCAGCUUUGUGAUCUGUCUAAGCCUGGUCCUGUUGGUGUUCCUCAAUAUGAUGCUCUUCUACAAGCUGUGGAUGCUGGAGUACUCUGCACAGUCCUUAACAACCUGGCAAGGGCUGCGGCUUCAUGAGAGUAAACUGCCUCAGACACAGUCGGAGUGGGCCCAGUUACUGGAGGCGCAGCAGCGUUACCAUGACGCUGAGCUACAGAAGUGGAGGGAGAUUAUCAAGUCGUCAGUAGUGCUGCUAGACCAGAUGAAAGACUCUUUAUUGAACCUACAGCGGGGUAUUGGAUUAAGGGACUAUAGCUCUGAGGCUGAAGAAAAGAGAAGUCGCUAUCACUGAUACACCACCACAAGGCCAUGAGGGCAUGCUGUGCAAUAUAGGACCUGUUUUGUUUAUGGACCAGUAUGUGGGCAGCAGCAUGACAGAGGGACAGGGACUGAGGGGAAGGAGGGACCAACAGUGAGCUGGUCCAGUAAAGACAAAGAGAGGAACAAUUGUCUCCAGUGCACAGAUGUUACAAAACCCUGGAAGGAAGUUCCCCUGUGCACAGACGGGAACUUAGGUGUCCCAACAUCACUAAGGCAUUGCUGGAAGGUGCAAGACCUGUACCUUCUCUAUACCUGUGGGAUAACCAUUUCCUUCUCCUCUCUUUUAUUUACUGAGUGCAUCCUAUUGUAAGCCAUGUCAACCAGGAGAGCGGCAGAGAAAAAGAAGGAAAACUACUGCAUGCAUUUAGACAACUUAACUCCCCUCAGUGUUAAUGUGGUCCAGUUCCAGUCUACGUGUGUCAAAAAAAAAGAACAUAAGAAGAGAGAUCCAGUAAAGGAGGGGGGAGGGGUCCUUUCAAGUCAUUGUGGCUUUCUACGCCUCUCGACUGUUCUAAACCAAUCGUCCCCUAGAGGUCCUCGCUGCAGCGUCCCUUUAAUAAGCCUCCAGGUGAUCAGACUGCAGUAUCGCCCUCCAACCAAAAACUGAGUAUUGUAGCCAGGAGAUCGGAUUCACUGAUCAGUCCCUUUUGCCUUGUUUCAACCUGGCCAGUAUGGUCUUUGUCGGGGCUGGUUCCCUGUCAGACCGGUGUGUUGAGAUAUUUAUACGUAGAAUCUAAAGAUUGAUAAGAUCUGAAGCAGUAUUUUUAACAUUACAGAAAAGAAGAAAUAUGGAUUCACUGUGUUACUUGCCCCAAUUUGUUUCUACACAUAGAGUUAAUUAACCUCCUCCCACUGCAUUAUUCCCACUCCUCCUGAUGAAGUAGAAUGUAUUAGCCUGGACUAAAAGGCCAGACUUUGAUCACAAGUUAUUAAUCUUUGAAAAAGGGACACUGCAGCCAGACUAGUAGGGAGACCUGUGUUCUUACUUGUUUUAUUACUAAACUGUGACUAUAUCUCUUUAAAAAUGUUUCAAAUUAGAAAGAAUUCUAUGAAUAUAUUUGAAAUAUAUAUGGAUAUUUCAUUAUUUAAUAUAUAUAUAUUUCAAAAUAUAUAAACAUUACCUAUAUUUAUUAUUAAUUUAUGUACAUAAAGAAAUUAUCAGAGCUCUAGACCUGUUAAAGAAUUUCUAACAAAAUCUGUUUUCUUCUAAAAAAAAAAAUGCAUGCCAGAUAUGUCUGUGACAUGUCCAGUGUGCAAGUAUGAGUCUGCAUUUGCGCGAUUAUAUUCGCGCAUGAGUGUGUGAGUGUGUGAGUGUGUGCGCGUGUGUGUGAAAGCGCACAAGUGUGUGCUGUAAAGUGUGACAUUUUUACCAUUCCACACUUGUAUGUUUCUUAAUUUUUUCUUUUCUGGCUCCUGCAGCCAGACUGCCUUUUUUAAUGCUAUUGCAUUUGGAUGCCGCCUUGCAUUAGCACCACCUGGGUACAGUUUACAAUUGAAGAGUUUUGUUCCAAAAUGAUGUAUCCAAUAUUUGAGGGGGAAAAAAGUUAAACAUGCUUUUACGAAACGAUUAAUCGCUUAAAGUAUCAAUAAAUGCCACUUUUCAGCAGAUAAUACGUAGCAUAAAUCCAUGGUUGACAAAAGGAAGAUGGAGUCUUUAGACUUGCUCGUCUACAUUUUUUAGACUGAAUGAAAAAUAGAUGUUUCUCUUGUAAAAGGAUGAAAAACAUUUUGGAGAUGAAGUUUUCAUCUGCCCUCUGUGAGCAACUCUUUGUCCAUGUCACCACAUUAGUGACUACUCUUUGGUGAAAGAAAUAGUUCAACAUUUUGGCUAAUACACUUAUUAACUUACAGUUAAAUAAGACGAUUGAUACCAUUGUCAUGCCUGUAUGCUAAAUAUGUAGUUUUAGCUAGCAGCAGGUUAGCUUACCUUUGCAGCUAGCUAGAGUUGCCUCCUGGCUAUAGCAUCAUAUUUAGCAUACCGUUAUGAGAGUGGUAUCAGUCUUCUGAAAUAUAGCGAAUAAAAACAUUUCCCAGAAUGUCCAACUGUUUCUUUAAAAACAUUUCAAACCCAAUUUGUUCUCUCCCCUCCCCAUUUCAAGUGUCUAUACUCUUCUGGAUGCAAAGAAAGCAUGAGAAUGAACUUAACGCAACUAAAUGAACCAAAAGAAAGAAGUAGAAAUGUACCUUCACGAGUUAUCAUGUUGUUUUAAAUGAAGUAUUUAUCAUGUAUUAUAUGUGUACUGGAUUAGGAGUGAGUAAAAGAAACCCCCUUACAGCUAAUGACCUUCAGCGAUAAACGCACUUCCAAAAACUAGAAACUUCCUUGUGAAAAAAAAAGAGACUAAGUGAAGCACUUUAAGACCUUUUGGGUAAAGAAUUAUAGAUUUAGGAUGGAGGUGAAUGUUUCAGUUCAUUUGACAACCACGCUGGUAAUUAUCAGCUUCCAAAGUCAUAACUGGUGGUGGAAUUUUGCUGUUAUAUUUUAUUAUGGCUCAAAAUUUGUAUUACUUUUGCCCAUCUAGAAUAUUUAUUGUCUGAAAAUGAUUACAUGCAGCUCUGCCAAUCUCACCUCCCAAACAAAGCAUCUCCAGUGAAAGACUGACACCCUUUCUUGUCUUAUUUCACGGCAAGGCAACAGUGAGUGAUUUGUGUGAGGGGAAAAAGUAUCUUUACCGUGUGCCUGCAUGGCGUGUUACUGACUGAAAACGAGAGCAGCUUCAGGUGUGUUCCUGCUGUGUGUGUGUGUGUGUGUGUGUGUGUGUGUGUGUGUGUGUGUGUGUGUGUGUGUAUGUGUGCGUGUGAGUGUGUGUGCGUGUGCGUGUGCGUGUGUGUGUGUGUGUUACAUUUGAAGAAGGCACUGAGUAAUGAUAACACAUAACAACCUUGAGAUCUGAAUGUGACUGGUUGGAAAUGUUUUCUGUUUUAUAGAAAUCACUUUAACAAUCUUGAUGACACUGAAAGAUGACAGUGAAGCUUCAUGCAUAAUGAUGGUACAGAAUGUCAUAUAUAUGAAAAUGUGAUUGAAAUGCUUUAAAGAGAUUGUUUUUCAGUGUAUGAAGGAGUAGAUUUUUUUUUCCAGACGUUUGAUUUAUAUUAUUUUGUUGCAAACAUUUUCAACAGUUUUGAACAACUCUGGUUUUAUUGAUAUCUGAUUUUUAUGCUUGAGGCAACUCUGUUUUUUGUCACUUUCCAGAUGUUCACUUUAUAGAGCAAAGUGUAAGAUUGAAUUGCUGUAAAUUAAACAUCCUUCUCAGUCAGAAUUACAUAUUGACUCGGGGCUCCAAGGAUCUGUCACAGCAGACCUAAAUCCAAUUUUCAAUCUCCACAGUAAUGCAAAUGAUGGAUUUCCGUCUUCAUCACUCCCUUAAAAACUCCUUGCUUCUCAUUGUUUCCUACACAUUUGAUAUCCACAGAUGUAAUGUAUGAUCUCUCACAGGUAACAGCAGUUAUUUUAUUUUCAGUCUUUUUUUUUUCUCUAGUGGGCAACCUCACAUUUAUCUGCAUUAAUGCAAACGAUUGUAUGAUUGCUAUGGCUGUACCGCUGUGGAACCGAGAUGGCCCGAGAGUUCUGGAUGCCACCAUUCUGUCACUGACAACUAAUGAAUUGUGCACUUCAUUGACUGUAUUAAUUGGCAUUUGAAUUGCUGUCACAGAGCUAGUGAGACAACAGUGCCACCCACUCAACACAGUACUAACCACCAUCCUUGGUGAACGCAUUAUAGGAAUCACACACAACCUCCUGGAAACGACCACUGAUCAAACUCAUAGCAAAUGCUCUUCUUCAAGUGUGUUUUGGUGAAAUAUGUACUGGUGUAGUUCUGUUCAAAAAGAGGUCUAUUGUAUGUUUCUUUUGUUGUUUUGUUUUUUUUAGAAAAUGUUUUGAUCCCUAGAGAGACUUUUAGUGAAAUUUCUACAAGAGAUAAAUAUACUGUAAGUAUAUGUUGUGUAUAUCUGCAGUGUGCACAUGGACGCACACACUGACAAAAGAAUCCAACCUGCGCUGCGCGUAGGUUUCGACUUGCCGAUGACUUUGCCUCAUAGAGACUGAAGAG